AUGGAGCGGCGCAAAAUUAACUUCACGGACGAAGAGCGUACCAUCCUGAUGGACCUGAUGGAGAGGCACCGCGAUGUGCUUGAGUGUAAAUGGAGUGACGCGGUGUCGAUCAACGCAAAGAAGAAGACCUGGGAAAAGUUGGCCGACGAAUUUAACAGUCGGCACAACGUCCGUCCACGAACGUCCAAGCAAUUAAAGAAGUGCUGGGACAAUCUCAAAGAAAUGUGGCGCCGUGCCAAAGCCGAAGACACGCGGAAGAUAUUCAAAACAGGUGGUGGCGCCCCGGCAGGACGCCACAUGAAUGACGAGUUGCUCAGGGUCGGUGAAGUGGCAACUGACAUGGCCACACGCCUUGUCAAUCCAUUUGACAGCGACUGCUCUGGCCCUGGCACAGAGCCGACGCCAGCUGUAGCAGCACUGCUGGCUUCGUCACAGCCGGGACGAAGCACUGAUGCAGAUGAUGCCGACAUGGAGUAUGAUGACUCCUGGCAGUGGGACAUUGAAAACCAGGACGAAGCAGCGGCUUCGCAGUGUGCAGCGCCACCAGAUGCUGAAACUGCUCAGCUUGUACCAGAGCCAGCAUCACCCCUAGCUACAUGCCCACCAGCUCCAGCACCGCCAGCUGCUGUGCCGCCAGUGCCGACAGCCCGCCGGCGGAUAAACGCAAGCCGGUCAUCCUGCACAAGGGAUGAUGCUGUAGACAAGGGUAGACAGCUGCCCAACAUAUAG